AUGUGCAUUGAAGUUUUAAUUGUGAUUAUAUUAGAGAUGCACAAUACGCUAACGACUGUAUUAUUAGCGUUAAGUUUGGAUCAACUUUUGGCUACACUCGAGAACACAAAUUUAUGUAAUUAUUUUGUCAGCAACUUCACCGAAAUGUGUCCUCAAUUCACAAGUUUUGUUCAGAUUUUGGCUGUUUUUGUCGAUCGGAUCCGCUUUUACGAUCUCUUUGCCAAAACAAUGGCCAACACUCGAGUCAAUUCACUUCUUCAGAUUUACCACAAAAUCACUUUCGCUGUCAAUAAUUAUCGUUCAAAAUGCCCCAAAACUGGCGCCUCAUUUAUUUCUCGGCUGACAUUUUCAUGGUUUACACCAAUAAUUAUGAAUGGCUAUCGGAAACCAUUGACGGACGAAGACAUGUGGCCACUGGAGGUCGACAAUGAAGCAAAGAGUUGUGUCCAACAAUUCAAUAAACACCGGCAUCAAUUAAAUGAAAACAAGACCAAAGCACCGGUCAAUAUAUUGCCCACAAUUUUGCUGACACACGGCCCGAGUCUAGCAUUGAAUUCAGUGACAAAACUGGUAUCAACUCUACUAACUCUAUCACAACCUGUAAUACUCGACCGAUUGAUCACGUUUUUGACUGCCAGUGGCCAGACCUUAGCCGAACCCGAUUGGAUUGGUUAUACAUAUGCACUGUUAUUAUUUGUCUGUCCAGUGCUGGCCUCAGUAUUGAAUGCACAGCACAACUAUUGGUCUAAUGUGAUUGGACUGCGAAUCCGGACAUCGAUUACAGCCAUACUAUAUGAAAAAUCCAUAAAGCUGUCGAGCAGUGGCCGCAAAGACAACACCUCUGGGGAACUGUUGAAAAUGCUGUCCACAGACAUGCAUUAUAUCAUGUUUUUCGUGCCAUACUAUGACAACCUAUGGAUCAGUCCAUUGAAAUUGUUGGUCUCGAUCUGGUUAUUGUGGGCACAGUUGGGUGCGGCCAGUCUUCCCGGUGUUAUAUUUAUAUUAGUCAUUGUGCCCAUCAAUACGUACAUGAAUGCAAUUCAGGGUCGCCUCUGGGCUGAACUCGGCAAACAUACGGCCAGUCGGGUGUCCGCUAUUACCGAGAUAUUAAACCACAUAAAAGUGUUGAAGUUAUACGCGUGGGAACAGUGUUUCAUUGAUAAAGUGUUGGCCCUUAGGGAUAGAGAAUUGGGAGUAUUGACCAGGAUAAUUAAAUUAACUACAUGGAACGCCUUUAUGCAUAAUUCGUGCGGAAUUGUGGUAUCAAUACUUAGUUUUACAACAUUUACGCUAAUCUCUGACCACAAUAUUCUGGACCCGAAUAAGGCGUGGACAAUUCCCAAUUAUAGCUCGUUGUUUGGCAACCGGGCAAAAGGUGUUAAUAAUUUUUAA